AUGACCUCCUUACAACUAGAUGGAGAUGUUGCGUUCGUCACAGGUGCAGCUUCAGGAUUCGGGUUGGCCAUAACGAAGGCACUUGUUUCGAAGGGUGCUAAAGUCAUUAUGGUUGACAUAAAUCAGUGUGACGACGUAGCAUCCGAGCUGAACAACAAAGCUAGCAAAACUGUUGUUAUUGCCCGAAAAGCCAAUACCACUUCCUGGGAACAGCAAUAUGCUGCAUAUGAGGCUGGAAAAGAAUUAUUCGGCCACAUCGAUUAUUUUUUCGCUAAUGCAGGGAUUGCAGAGCGCCCUUGGCUUCCCAAUUUUGACCCAGUGACUGCUGCAGAACGUCCGAUAAUCAAGCCCGAUAUAACGACGUUGAAUAUUGAUCUCAUCGGGCAGCUCUACACAGCUGCUUUGGCACUGCAGACGUUUGAACGUCAAAGCACAAACAAACACGGUUUCAGAGGAAAGCUCCUUAUGACUGCUUCUGUCUAUGGAUUUUUCCCCAGUGCGAUCAUGCCAAUGUAUGCUUCUGCCAAAGCAGCGAUCGUGAAUUUCACUAGGAGUGCAGCUAUAAUGUAUGCAGAGAAGGGUAUAACUAUUAACACUAUUGCUCCCAGCAUGGCUGCGACAAAUAUUGCGGGUCCACCGGAAGUAUCAGCUGAAUUCAUGAAAGGUUUCAGUGAAGACGACUUGUGCACCGUUGAGUUUGUUGUCGAGCAAUACAUGUCGCUCUUGGGUGAUAGCAAAGAUAGUGGACGGGUCAUUGCCAUUAGUGGGACACAGGCCUGGGAUCAACCGAGGGAUAAUUUUAACUACGAGGCAUGCAAGUCUGCCAUUAGCAUUAUAGAUGCGCAGCUUGCCAAGGCUUUUGCUUCAAUGUAA